UUGAACGGAUUCCAAGGAGAAAACAACGGAUUCCAAGGAGGAAACAACGGAUUCCAAGGAGGAAUCGAUGGAUUCCAAGGAGGAAACAAUGGAUUCCAAAAUGAAAACGGUGGAUUCCAAGGUGGAAACGGUGGAUUCCAAGGUGGAAACGGUGGAUUCCAAAAUGGAAACGGUGGAUUCCCAAGUGGAAACACAGGAUCACAAGGAGGAAACGGUGGAUUCCAAGGUGGAAACAGUGGAUUCCAAAAUGGAAACGGUGGAUUCCCAAGUGGAGACACAGGAUCACAAGGAGGAAACGGUGGAUUCCAAGGAGGAAACAAUGGAAACCAAGGAUUAAACAAUGGAUUCCAAGGAGGAAACGGUGGAUUCCAAAACACGAACGGUGGAUCGCAAGAUGUAAACAAUGGAUUCACAAACAUAAAUGGUGGAUUCCAAGGAGGAAACAGCGGAUUCCAAGGAGGAAACGGUGGAUUCCAAGGAGGAAACGGUGGAUUCCAAGGUGGCAACAAUGGUAACUUUGGUUCCACCGAUAGAAUUAACAUUGGGAGCAUUAACAACCAACAAGAUUUACAAAAUAUCAAUAAUGGGCAGCAAAACUCUAACGGAUUUCUCCCAACUAAUCAAAUCCAGGGACAGCAAUCGAAUGGAUUCGCAAACACAUUAGAGUUUUUUCCACGUCAACCAGGACAGUUCUAA